AUGGUGGCAAAUCUGCAGCGGUCCGCUGUUCGGGAUGCAUUGAAUCAAUUUCGAGAGCCUUGGCGUUGUUUCAAAGGCACAGUCCAUGAAUGGUAUGAACCAUUUGCAAUGAUGGCUGUAGAAGAGGGUUCUGUUAUUGCUGGUAUGCUGGUUGGGCUUAAUGUAAUUGACUGUAAUCUGUGUUUGAAAGGAGAAGAUCUAGAUAAACAGGUUAGUGUCAUUGACUUCAGUUUGUAUCUUAAAGAUGGAAAUUAUUUAGAAAGACCUGUUGAGUCUGAGGCUGAUGCUCGGGCAAUGUUUGACAUGCCGGAGGAUCCAAACUACAGAAUGCUGCUGGAUCAAAAAGCAUAUCUUGAAGAACUUAAUAGCAAGUUGAAGGUAUCACUUUCUAAUAUGCAGAAGAAACUAGAGGCUACUGAAAGAGUAAAUGCCAAAUUGGUCUCUGAGCUUGCUGACAUGCAGGCAGAUGUUACAUCAUUGCAAGUCCAUCGUGAUCAGUUACAAUCUGAAAGAGACAUGACAACAGAGAGUCAUCGAAAACAAAUUGAAAAUGCAUUGUGUGAUAUUACAACAGAAAGAGAGACAUAUCAACAGUCAAGAGAAGGAUUGAAUGAAUUGUUUCUGCAGGCACAGAAACAACUGGAAGCAGAAACAAGAGCAAGAGAAGAAGCUGAGAAAGAUGCUGCACUUCAAUCAAACAUGCGGCAGGAGUGUGAAGUAGCAAUGAAACUGUUGGAGAAAGACAUUCAUGAAAAACAAGAUACCAUUAUUGCCUUAAGAAAACAGUUAGAAGAUGUCAAGUCACUCAACUUAGGAAUGCACCAGAAAUUGCAGGCUUCACAGGUUACAAGUAGGAGUAAUGAAGAAAAGAUGCAAAACCUGGAAGAGACUGUAAGUCGUCUGAGCAAUCAAGCAGAGCAACUGAGUGCGAGUUAUACAGAGUCUGAAUCUAAUCGUUUAUCAUUGGAAGAGACUCUUUCUAAUGUUAGCCAGCAAAUGACUGCUGUAGAAUUGAAAAAAUCAGAACUAGAAACAGAGCUGACUACUCGAAAGGAAUGGAUAGACAAGCUGCAGGUCAAUUUCCAGAAAGAGCAUGACAAGGGAGUUAAGCUUCAAUCUCAACUUGAAGCCAAAACAAAACUGCAGCAGGAGUACGACAAGCUGCACCAGGAGUACACAGAAUUACAAACUGUAUGUCACGAGCAGGAAACUGCUCUUGUUGAGAUGGGUGAUCAUCUUCGCCAAUCAAGAAUGCAAGUCAGUGACCUAAAACAAGUAACAGACACUAUGAAGGAUUAUCAAUGGGCAGAUGACAGGAGCAUCACUGAUUGUCAGCAAUGCAAGAAACCGUUUUCUGUAGCACGAAGAAAACAUCAUUGCCGAAAUUGUGGUGGUGUUUUUUGCUCCUCUUGCUCUGACAACACAAUGCCUUUGCCAUCAUCUGCCAAACCUGUUCGAGUGUGUGAUUCUUGUCAUGAUGUGCUGUUGCAACGUUACAAUGUCACAUAAGCAGCAUCUUCCAAUGCAUAAGUGGAGUGACAUGUUACAGGAUUUCUGGUUGCGCGCUUCUGAAUUGUGUAUUGUCUGACAUAUGACUUGAUAGCAGUUUCUUUUUUAUGUACCUGUAUGGUUUGAUAUGUGGUGUUGUAGAAAACUUUGUAAGCUUUGAGAUAUGAAUAUAGUUGCAUAUGAA